CUUCAAAACAACAAAUAUUUACUGAGUGCUUACCAAGUACCAGACACUGUGCUCAGAGCUGUGGGGGAUGCCCAGAUGAGGGGGAUGCGAUAUGUUCCCUUGAGGAGACUGUAAUCUGGGCGAUGGCUACAAACUUGUAAGAAAAAUGAGGCUCAAGGAGUUUCUUUCCCCACUGGCCUGCAAGUUUAAGGAUCCUCAUUGCAAGCCCAACAUCUCACAUCACCAUUAAAUUAAUUUUAUUUACGGGGAUUGAAGAGGUAGAAAUAGACAACAGUUCUCUAGAUUCCUUUAAAAUGUGAUUCCCACUUCCCAAGAAAGAAAAAUAGAUACAGUGUUCCAAGGAUAUUGACCCAGCACUGAGUAGGGCAGGAAUGGCUUAUAAGGAAGGCCAUGUGCUUCCCAGGAUCCUGUCCAAGGAACUACCUGCCAGGGUUCUUCUGGCUCAGUUUCUCCUAUCAUCAAUAUUAAUGAUAAUAGCUACUAAGGAUUAUGAAUACAUACGUGUUAGGUGUUGGGUUAAGCUAGCUAAUAUGCAUUUUCUCUUCUAAUGCUCAAGGCAACCCCUUGAAAUUGGUAUUAACUUCCCUUUAUAGAUAAGGAAACAGAUUAAGCAACUUGUUCAAGGUCAUCCAGGUGGAUCUGGGACUCGUUCUCUCCAGACCUCAGGCUCUGUGCCAAGAUGGGCCUUUCCUAUCUUUGAGUUGUAUAUAUUCAGGCCCAGCUUUUUCUGCUGUACAAAUAAAUAUCCCCAUCUUAGGUUCUUUAGUAAGUCCUCAGGCACAUCAGUAUGACCUCAUCAGCAGCGUUAAUGGUUAUUAACCACUCACCCCGAAUCAACAACCUUUCACGGCAGGGGCACGUUGUUACCUUCCUUUUAUCAGUGAACAAACUGAGGUUGAAAUAAGUAAAAUAAUAUGUCCAAGGUCACACAGCUGGGAAACUUGCAGAACUGAGUCUAGCCCAGGCUGCAACGUUUAAUAUUAAGAAAUAUUAAAACAAUAUUUCUUCUUUCAGAAAUAUUGUUUUAAUAGUACCUUUCCCAAGAAAGGUACACGAGACUUGGGGACCAUCUACAUAUGUCUAAGUGCAGUUUAUCACUGAGUCAAAACCAAUCCCCACUAAAAACAGUGCUCUCCAUCCACUUAGCAUCCAAUUCAGAGUAAAACUUUCAAGAAAUUACAAAGAGAAAGAGUGAGAGACAGGAAAGUUAGGGGAAUUAAAACUUAUCAGGGUUAGGGACAAAGCUGCAAGUGGUAAUAAGCAGUCCAAAGAGUUAUAUGGAAUCUUACUAGGGCAGAGUAAGUGAUUUGAUGAAGAAACCAAAGAAAGAAAAAAAGAUGAUGGAAUAUAGGGAAAUUGAGGUCCAGGAUUGAAAGUAUCCAAAGGGAUGUGGUGAGUGAAUGAAUCCAAAAGAGGAAACCAGAUGGGCAGAAAUGGGAGCAAUUGAAAUAGGAACAAAAUGAGACAGGGCUGAAUAUCUUGUGAACUAAGGUUGGUGUCUACCCAGGGCCACUCCCUAGAUCCUUAGGCCCUUACUGGGACCUUUGCCCAACCACAGCCCAGCUCUGUCGGCCUUUCUCAGACAGGACAAGUUUUUCAUCUGCUCUGAAAUACCAGGCCCCCAAAGAGUCCCAGGACCCAUCUGAGUCCCAUCCAUUUGGAGUAGCUGCUUCAAACUAGGAAGCACCUAGCUCUUGUGGUCAAGAGAAUGAUGGAGGAUGGAGCCAAUCUGCAAGAGCAGGAGAGACCCAGCCUUCGUCUGGAAAAGCUACAGCACUGGGCAAGGCACAAGCAAAAUGGACAGCUUUUGGUGCUGGCGGUGACCCAGAUAUGGCUGGCAUUAGUUGUGGUACCCUUUACUGUCUCAGUCGCCUGCCUGAACUCUGCUUGUCACAUGGCCACAGCACUGCCACUUGGGUCUGGAGUCUCAGGUCUCCUAACUGGGACUGUCACCCUUGAGCUUCGCAGAGCACCCCGCCUCUGGAAGGUACGGGCCAUGAUGAUAUUCAACACCUUCAACCUGAUCUUGGGAUUCAUUGCGGUGGUGGUCGAGGUGAUGAAGACAGCUUUGGGGCCUUCUCCCACAGCCUCCUCCCAGCUGGUGGGCUUGCUGGUGCUGGAGCUCAGCGCUGAGGUCUUCACCCUAGGAGGUGUGCUGGCCUCCGCAUAUGCCCUAUUUUUACUGAGCCAAAGGAAGCCAGGAUGCUUCAGGAGCCAGAGUCUGCACUACCAGGAACUGCAAGAGGGCCUUUCUGAGGUCGAAGAGGUUCCUGGUUUGGAAAAUGGUACUAUAGUGGCCAGCACAGGAAACCGAAAUGAGUGAGCUGCGAGAGCAAGGGGAUGCAGACAGCAUCUACAGCCCUUCUCUCUUGAGGGAGCACCCUCCAGAUUGCCCCGCAUGCCACCCCAGCAAACUCAGAAGAUAGCAUGAGGUCUAGUGGAGUUCUUUCUUGUCCCUUCCCCACUAGAUGAAAAUAUACCUGUACCUGAGUCCUCCAUCUCACUUCACCGCCCUGUAAAGGGGCUUCCUCCCUUCCAUCCUUGCCCUCCUCUCCCCACUGCUUCUUUCUUAGAUUCGGGUCUGGUCCACUCUAACAGAGCCUACAAGUCCCAGGAUGCCCCGCUACCCCGUGACCUUCUGGGAAAUAAAGAGCCUUCCCUCCGCGGCAGGGGCGCUGUGCAUCUGCCGAGUGACGCGAGGCGCUGCAAGUCAAGGCCUAGCCGAGAGUUUCCUCGGGCGCGACCACUGGGCCCGCUAGCGGGGAGAAGCCGGGCGGGCGGUCGUGCGCCGGGGCGCCAUACAGCAGCCACGCAACCGCUAGAGGACUCUGGGCCCUCGCCCCUCCCUCUGUCAGCUUCCGAGCUCGUCGACGGCUGGGAAUGGCGCUUGGCAGAGCUGGGGGUUCGCAGGUGCUCUCGCCGCGCCCCCUCGCACGAGUGCUCAGGUCCAAAGUCCUGAGACUUGGAGCGCGCGCGAGAAGGAGGUUGGAGACGAUGAGUCAGGAGCGCGGGGCCUUUCUCGUCCCCCUCCCCCCCCACGUCCUGGGCGUCUGCGGAUAACAGGCUCGCUGGGCAGGCCAGUGGACCCGGCAGGCAGAGGGAAGGACGUGGCGACCCGACUUUCCCGCCUAUUGCUAGCACGCGGAUGUAAAGAGCCUUUCCAAGGCGGGAGCGGUACUGCGCACACUCAGCCUCUGCGCAGCUCCGCGGACCUUUGAUCCCGGGCUGCAGUCUGGUUACUGAAGCUCUGCUUGCACUCAGCCCUCACCGUUUAUGACCUUUGCAAGUGUACAAAGAUAACAAGCUCGGGUGGGCCUAGGGAAAAGCCAGAAAACUGAGAGUCCCCGUAGCACCAGUCGGGCAGCUUAGCCGCUAGCACUAGAAAUUGAUCAGAGCUGGAGUACUAAGAGAACUCACCCCAAAUUCACAUAGUGCCCAGGAUGGGUAUUCUCCUCACACUCAUUUUUGUUCCCACUUGAGAAGGCUUCUUUCCCUAGAGAAUGCUGCUUCUUAGGGCUCAGCUAAGCCCAAGCACCAGUGAGGGUACAGCGCUGCCUGGCUGUCUUGUCUUGACAUUGCAGUGGCGCCAGCUACAAUUCCUUUCUGUUUGUGACACCUUGGGAGUGGUAAUAGUCGCCCUAUGAAAAGUUAAGUGUGAGUAUUAGUGGGUGGGGACAGUUCUGGGAUCAGCUCUGGAAUAGAGAAAAAAAGAUCUGUGCCUCUUCUUCCUCCCCACAACCUAACAGAAUAAAGGAGGAUUCAUGAAUGAAA